GACCGGGAGAAGGGAGAGCGAGGGAAUCAAUAAGGCCCCUGCGCGCUUCCCCUCGCUCGCACAACCGGGACAGCCCUCGUCUACACACCACCUCCUCCCCGAAAUACCCCUCUGUACACACCACACCGUAAUACCGAACUCUCCCCCCGCUCCUGCACCGUCGCACCCCCUUCCGUAGAUACACCUAUCCCUGCAAAUAAGGCAAACAACCAUGGAGAACACCGAAGGACUGAGGAACCGGCCGGCUGCACACUCGGUGUACACCGGUCAGUACUGCCAAGGUGUAGGCGACGAUGAAAACGAAGAAAACGUGGAAGAAUUAAGGGAGAGACUCAAACAAAUGAAAGCCAUAGUCAACGAAAGAAGCAAUACUAGGAAGUCGGGACUGGAUGAAGGAUUCUUAAGUGUUGUGUUUGCCUGCAUACUCCUUGUAAUCGCGGGUGUUACAGUGUAUGCAUUCGUAGUUCUUUAUACUGCUGUUCACAAACGUUGGACAGAACAACCAGAAGACUAAGACUGACAAGAUGUUUAUUCCUUCAAAUAACAAAUACUCAUGAAUUCUCAACUUGGGAGCACAAAGUUUCAUGAUUUUCAUGGUUGUUUACAUUAUUAUUUGUGGAUUCUUGCAUCUAUCACAAAACAGCAGGACUCCAUAUCCUUCAGUACUACAUCUUAGGGUUGUUACUACUGAAUGGUAAGGAUAGAGCAGGAAUUGGACAAAAAAGUGACAGAAAUGUAAUGAAACCAAUGCCACUGAAUAAAGUCCCCUGGCCUGCUAGAUGCAAUAAAAAAAUUCAGUAACAUUUGUGAAUGUUCCACUCACAUUGCAAAAUUUUUACCCUAAGGUCCUGUUGGUACAAUAUUUUGUUGUCUGACUCAAAAGAAUAACAUUGAAUAAGACAAUAUAAAUGUAAAAAGGUAUCAGCAUUUGUUACUGUUUUCAUGGUUAACUUUUAGUGCACCCAAAAUAAUAAACAAAAUUAAAAUCAAAAUUGAUUUUAUAGGUGAUGAGUUUUUCUCAUUUUUCUUCACAUAUUUUUGUUUGUGAAUAUUUACUUCCAGCACAAGUUUUACAUUCACACAAAAAAAUAAAACUAUAGGUAUCAAAGGAAUAUUAAAAAAUAGAAACUAUUACACACGCCAUAAGGCUGUUGUUGGCUGAGACUCAAAAGCAAUCACAAAUAAUUUCAUAUAACUAAUUAGUAUUUAUAGAAUGUCAACAGCCUCUUCUUGUAUCUAGUGUGAAUUAGCAUAUAUAUAUUUAUACUCAAAUGUAAUCUUGUAAGUAACCCAUGCAGUUUUUUUAAAUGAUUCUUCCUAGACUCCCAGUUUUCUUUGGAUGUUUAGAGUAAAGGGUGACAACAUUUCCUGGUUGCGGAAGAAUGUAAAUGAAUUAGUUUUGACUCAAAAAAUGGCUGUGCAGCAGAUGAAAAGCUGAAAAUUAGGUUCCAGUGUUAUUUAAUAUGUGGGCAUUUGUGCUUUCAUAUUUAAUAAACAAGAGCAGUAUUUCUGAUACAGCUUUA